GUUAAAUAUUUAUCUUUUCGUUAAAGAUUAUUAACAUGUUAAAGGAAUUUAAAGGAUUUGUUUUUACUUAAGAAAAUGUCAUAAUGAAUUUUAGUCUCCUUUGCAUUAAUAAAUUGCCAUACACUGCCCUCAAGUGGCCAAAAAAUAAAUAAAAUAAACCCUUUUAAAAAAAUGUAUUUCUUUUUCUAGAUAUCUGAAAAUUGCUGGUAAUAUUUAAGAACAUGUAGUGUUUUUCUUUUCCUUUCCUCUUUUGCUUGCAAUGCAAUCUGAAUUUAAUGAUUUUUAAUAUAUUUUUUUAAUUAACUCUAAUGUGAGAUGAUUUUUGUGAGAUAUUAUUUCAAAGAAUCUUAAAAAAACACCCACCCCUGCAGUCAUUGUUGUUUAAAGGAGUAUUUCCCUCUCAGAAGGAAAUCCGCCACACAAGGUCAAUGCGUGUCGCUGGGUUUUGCAGCUUAAGUUGCAGCAAACGCUCAUAUUGUCUUCAUCACGGGUGGAAAGAUUUGUGACCCCACAAGUUUCCUUAGAACGCAGUUUCUGAUCCAGAUCCUGCGAAGCUGGGGCGACUCUCUCCCCGACUUUGCUGCGACCUUGCAGCUCGCCUCUGUGUAGCAUUGCCUUACAACGGGUCAGCAUUAGAUUAUGUCAGCCACUAGCACAAAAGACACACACAUUGACUUUGUGACACACAUUCUGUGCAUAUUUGUCACCGACACACACAAGCAAGACGGCGCAGGGAAACUCAGGCUGAUGCCUGCCCCCCACACACUCAAUUGCAGAGAGCGCUUUGUGCAUUCACUGGCUGGGCAGCUAUUGAACACAGAGAGAGGGACUGGUGGGAGGGGGAAGAUGGAGACAGAAAGAAAGAGAAAUAUUACAAAGAGCAGCAGACCUAGACAGAUAGAGAGGAGGAGAUAAGGGCUGCAGUAGCGCCGGGGAGCAGAUCCUGCUAACACAAACUAGUUGGAAGCCAGAGUUAGCAAGGCAGGAAGGGGAGUGUAGAAAAAAAAGGAAGGGGAUCAGGGCUUGUGGAACAGAAAGGAAGAGUUGUUGUUUAAGAGGCUGGGGGAAUCUGAUGGGAUGGCAUUGAUCCCUGGGAGCUGCCGACUCUUGGGCCAGAUGGCGUCUUGUUGCUGCAGACCUCUCCUCAACUCCUCCUGCUGCCAGCCGCUCAUCAAGGUCUGCCUCUCCUCCUUCACAGGUCGGUCCCAGCCCGCUCUCUAUGCUCUGCUGUCAUGAGACGGACUGCUACUCUCAGAUAGGCAGGAACAUAGUUCAUUGCACCACCAUGGGUAACACUCUUAGUCAUGAAGACAUAUCUCCCGCUGAGCUGGAUGCUCUUUGGAGGGAGCCGCCAUACACUCUUGGGGGAACAAAUGAACACUUUUCAGGAAAUGACAUCAUGACUGAAGGUGAAGAGAAGGAUGGACCUGUGGGGGAACCAGGGGAAAGGAGUGCAGAACGAGACAACUACUGGAAGAAGAAAGAAGCUUUCCUCAGAGGAAGUACUGUCUCUAUAGGGGACAAAUUUUCUUCAGAAAUUGUGCUUUUGUUCACCGGGCGGAGACGUUCCAGUGAGGAUCCUGACCGGAACCUGCAGGAAGCGCUACGUACUCGGCUCAGAGUGGUGGAGAGCAACAGCAAAGAUGUUGUGCAGCUUUUCAAAGACUUGUCUGCACGUCUGGUCUCAGUCCACGCUGAGAAAGACAGCUUUGUGCUCACUUUCAAAACCGUGGAGGAGAUGUGGAAGUUCUCAACUUACCUUUCAUUAGGUUAUGUUGCUCGCUGUUUGGAAAACUUCCUGUGUGAUCAGUCCUUCUGGCUGGACUCAGAGCUGCUUAGUGACCUGGAGAUCAAUGUCAAGGUGGAUGAGGAACAUCUGGCCACCCUGUAUUUGAGACUUCUCAAACAGGAAGGAUUCUUUUUUGCAAAGGCGCUGUUCAGUAGACGUGAUGAGGAUGGAGAAGAGGACGAACAGCUGUUGUUUAACAAGAAUGACCUGCUGCUGGUGAGGGACACCGGACAGGGAAACAUGUGGGAGGGCACCCUGCUUUCCACAGGGAACCAUGGCCUGGUGCCAGUCAACGCCAUGCAGCCGAUGCCUUACCCCUUCUAUCAGUGGUUCCUGAGGAAGUAUCCGGGUCAUGCUGAAUGGUCGCCUUUAGAAAAGGAGCAGUUUGAACAUCCCAUCGUGACGGGUUCCUGUGUGGCUGUAGUGGACUACAGUCCCGUAGGGCCGGACGAGCUCCAGCUGAGCCAAGGGGACACAGUGGAGAUCCAAGGCCUGCUGCUCCGAGGCCUCGGGGUCUUCAUAGGGACACACGCCUCCACAGGACGCACCGGCUUUGUACACAGGGCUCAUGUCAAGCCUCUGAACACCACACCGUUAGACAAACGAUUAUUCUUUCUUGCUGAUGAGGAGAGGGCCAGCCUGGCUCACGUUAACCCGUGUAGCUCUGAGCCAAGUGACAGCAGCUUACUGGAAAGACUGUUCUCAUCUGACAUCAGCUCCGUCUACAGGCUGGAUCGACUGGACGAGACAGACUUUACGUACAUCCAGAAUCGCCCAAAACAUGAUUAUAAAGUCCUUACGAGCGCCCGUCAAAGCAUGAUGUCAGAACGAAGCGAAGGGACAUCGCCAUUCCAGUUCUCCCCUCGCCCCUCCGUCUCUCACUCCUCCCCCAGUGUGUCCCACCGUCACUCCCACAAUCCUUUGCGAUUAUCCUUCACACUGGAUGACACAUUCAGAGAACUGGAUGAGUUUCAGGAGGAUCCACCUCUGUUCCUGGAAGAGAACAGCUGGGAAGGUGAGGAGUCAGAACUCAGCGACCCCACACUGACUCUGCUCAACCAGGAUCACUACCAGGAGGACUUCCUGCCUUUAUAUGACCUGCACUAUUCUUUUCUGUGGCUGACAUUCGGCGGUAAGCCGGAGGACGAACUGUCGGCUCAUCUUGAAAGUGUUAGGGAGUGUUCUAAAAGACUGGGCAUGCACUGGGCACACCGGCGAGCAUGUUUUGUUCUAGGAAGACUGUGUGCCAGGAAGCUAAAGUUCUCACAGGCUCGUGUGUACUUCGAAGAGGCUCUGAGUGUUUGUGUUGACAGCUUCUCCGACACACCACUCCUGGUAGCUCUCUUGACCAACCUCACAGCCGUCUACCUGAAGCAGCGCAUGAAGGACAAACUGCCUCAGACUCUGGAAAAAGCCAGUGCGCUGCUUCUCUGUCUCCCUAGCCACACUUUCGCCUCCAAAGAUGAAGCUGAACUGCUGAAGCUGCUCCUGAGAAGAUCGGUGGUUUUGGGGGACAAGCACUUGGAAGCUCGUGUCUGCUACCUCAUGUCCACCCUCUUCCUGCUCCUCAACAAGAACGACGAUGCCUUACCGUUUGUCGAGCGCCUUCAGUUCCUGACACUGACGCUCUCUGCUGCUGAAGAGGGUCCUGUAGCACCUUUGGACCUCAACUGGCUCUUGAGCUGCCUUUAUCACCGAAAAUACAUGCCUUACUUAGCUCUGGCCUCUGUGAGUCUGGACUCUCGGCAGGACCACUCGCUUGAUGACGCCUUCCAAAAGAUCGAGUUAUUUAUUAAGAAUUCCGUUCGCCUGAAUCCAUCUUGGAGGGAGGGGAGCUCCCUUCUCCCUGCACAGAUUGUGGUUUACCUGCAGCAGACCCUGACUAUAGCUGAACUGAGCGACAACACAAAGACCCAGAGGGAUCUGUGUAUGGGCUUGGCAUCCAUCUACCAGCAGUAUGGUACUUUUGAUAAAGCAGUUCGCUGUGCACAGCAAGCCGUGGAGAUCGGGAGUCACAUGAAUGAGGAGGAUGGCUUUGAGGCUUCUGUGCUGCUUGGAUGGUUGUUGGUGUUGACCGGUCAACCCGAGAAAGCCCAGAGUGUCCUACAACCACUGCUAGCGUCACUACAGAGUACAGACAGUCCCACUCAGCGAGGAGUGAUCCAUAACCUUUUGGCUUUAAGUCUGAGGCAUCAAAGUCGAAUCAAAGAGGCGGGACGAAAUUUCCACGCUGCCCUGGUCAUCUCGAGGGAAAGUGGAAACCAGAGGAAUCAGGCCCUGGCUUUGGCUAACCUGGGCUGUCUGGCACUGGUUGCAGGAGCAUCUUUGAUUGCAGAACGCUUUCUAGUCAGAUCUCUAUGCCUUUUUCUGGAGCUUUGGGAGAGCCCGACAGAUGAGGAGCACGUUCAGGCCUACCUCUGGCUUGGGCGGAGCUUCAAAGACAGGGGGAGGAGUCAGGAUAUCCGGGCAUGCUAUGAAAUGGGCCUACUGAUUGCUCUGCAUGCCAGAAACCUGCAUAGUCAAAUGGUGGUGGCAAAGGCACUGAGUCGGCUGUAUGCAGACAUGCUCCUCUACGGUCAGAGCAUCGUUUACUAUGAACACUGUGUGCUAGUUUCCCGAGAGCUGAAGGACAAGAGGUUGGAAGGAGAGUAUCUGGAGAUCCUGAGCAGCCUCUACCUCUCGCUCAACACCGAGAAGUCUUCUCGUAAGUCUCUUGACUACACCAAGCAAAGCCUGCGGAUCUCUAUUGAUCUGGGAAAGCGGGAGGAAGAGUCAGAGACCUGGCUGCAGGUGGGACGCAUAUAUUAUCUCAUUCACGAAGACGAGUUGGCUGACAUGUACCUGCAGGCAGCAGUGAAGACAGCCUUGAGGAUGAAUGACGCUCCCUUCACUAUGAGCAUCUAUGAGGAAGCAGGAGACGUCUACUUUAAAGGACACAAGAACCGAAUGGCUUCAGUACCUUUCUAUAGGGAUGGAAGUCUGCCAUUUGCACGAAGCAUCAAUGACAUCCACUCUGAGUUUCGUUUGCUGAGCAAACUGACAGAGCUGCUGAUGUCCCAAGGUGACCAGGAGGAGGCGCUGCAGUAUGCAACACUGGCUGCUCAGAUUGCCAAUAAAACUGGAGUGCGUGUGAAUGAGAGGACUGCAUACCAUCGACUGGCUACUAUUUAUUACAACCUGGAGCAUUUUGAGAUGGCAGAAAACUACUACCUGAAAUCCCUGUCUGUGUGUUCGCCUGUCCUGCAGCACUCCAAAGAGGCACGCUACUACACUAAAGUUUACAGCAGACUGGGAAACCUAACUUUGCACAAACUCAAGGAUGCUUUUGAUGCGCUGGGAUACUUCCAGUUGGCUCUGGCAGCUGCUUUGGAGGACCAAGCUAAUCCUGAGGCAUUGUAUGUGGUCUACAUGAAGCUGGCGGAAAUCCACGGCAACCACUUGCCUGAUGCUCAGCUGUGCCAAGUUUACAGAGACCGAGCCCAGAGUUUGAAGAAGGUACUCGCUGGUUUGGGAAGUUCUGCUGCCGGAGAGGAAACUGUUGACGAGGCAAAUGCAGAGCUGGGGGAAGAGAUGAAGGAGAGCUUGGAUGACGAGUUUCAAGAAGAUUUGGAGAGAAAUUUGACUUUUGAAUGUAUACCUGAUAAUAAGCACUGUGAACUUAACUCAACUCUGAGACCUCUUACGAUCCCCGUGGACUUAAAAAACAAAAGCGCAGGCAUGAAUCUGAAAGAGGAUUCUGGGCAAAAGCUCCACAGUCACUUUCUUCCAGACAUGGAGAGUCCUCCUGCUUCUGAGUCCGACACCAUUGCCAGUCAGUCCUUCAGAGACAGUAUUUUAACAGAGUCCUUUGACACGGCUAAAGAGCACAUCUCCGACUCGAGCAGCUCCACCGACGUUUACCAAAAUCCAACCGAAGGCACAGACUCGAAAUUCGACUCUGAACACAGCACGCCAAGUCAAAUACCGUUCAACCACGCAAGCGAUCGCACAGAAUGUGUAGAUGGGAGGGACACGGAUUCUGAUGUUCCAGAUGAAGAAAACACACCCGUAGAAGAGACGGAGGCAAGCGCAGCUCUGAUCCAGCAGGAGCCGGAUUCAGUCCAGGAGAUUAGCCUAGAUGAUGUUGGCAGCUGCACAGAGGAACAUGCAAUGGAGACCUGUGACACAUGCAGUGACUAUACAAACACAACAGAAUAGUUUCUUAUAGCACUUUAUGGUUUCUUGUUUUUGUAUUAGAUCUCACGGUCAACAGACAGACCGCUACGUUCCAGCCGCACGGCAACUUUUCUAUGACAUGUAAUGUCAGUAAUUGUGUCGGAGUCUUACUCACUUUAAAGUGUAGUACUACCGUCUAAUAUAUGUGAUUAUAUAACAACAUCCAAGCUUGUAUAUAUGUUUUUUACAAUGUCAUGUCUCUCAUUGAGAUGAAACAACUGAGAGAAA